GGCAAACGUGCCGAACACCAAUUCCACCAUGCUGCAGACACUAGAUCGUAUUGAAAAAUGUAUGCUGUAGCGUGCCUGUAGGCACUCAAGCAAUCCCAAACACUUAAUACAAAUGAUCUUUGUGAGUGAUGUAUAAUGACAGAACAAUGAAAUACACUUUCACGAGAAAGCAGAAGGUACAACAAAGCUACUAUCUAUUGGCCACGAGACAAUAGAAUUCAUGGCUUUGUGUUCAACUGAAGAGGCAAGAUACCACACUACGUACAUUUGGGAGGGAAGACAAGCUCAUCAUUUCAGUCAAAUUAUUAUUUUUUUGUUUAAAAUGGAAAAUGUGUGCCUUGGCUCGGUUAAGGUUGGGAACAAGUGUGGAACUCGAGGCCUUGGGGCCAGAUCCGGUCCACUGCAUCACGUAUGGAGCCCAAGUUCUUUCCAUUUUGGUAGAAGAUCUGUAUUCAGAUUGCAUCCCCUCCACCCCCCACACCAAAUCCCUCAUUAAAAGGGAGCAAUAGUUUGAUACUUAAAUAUUUGCAUGCCACAAUAUUCUGUGGUUUACAAUUACAACCUCAGGUUGUUAACAAUAACAAUGAACUGCAGGGGCCCUUGUGUAAUAAUAUGACCAGUUGACGAAACGUUGAUAUGUUUUUUUUUUUUUUUUUUUUUACAGUCACAACAGCCCUCUGAGGGGAACGAUAACUGAAAAUGAGUUGGACACUCCUGAUAUUCUGCCAACACUAAACUUAAGUGAGGGAUGGGGAGCAACAUAGAACGACAUAGUCGUGUGCAUGAAUGUCCACAGGGGGCAAUAUUGUUCCUCCAUACAUUUAUAGUUUCACACAAUCCUUCUUUUCUCCAAGCUUUGUUUCUUGCCUAGAUCUUUUCUUUUUUUGCAGUAUACUGGUAAGCCUAUUAAAAAAAAAAAGCCUUUCGAAUCGUAAAAUUCAAAAAGUAGCUCAAACAAUUUGUGUGUAGCAGUGUUCUGCGUGUGCUUUUCCCAGUUACAUAACCAGACCGUGGAGUCAUCUCCGCUCGUGCCGCAUACGUGACUUUUGUCUGCCUCCCGUUUGCAGCGGAGCAUCGACCCGGUUCGCGACCGAGGCCAGAGGGUGGGCCUGGGUCUGCCUUCACCCAGCCCACCUCCUUGUGAUCUUUCACCUCCGCCCGCCGCACACGUCUUCAGCACCACGGAUAGCUCCCCGCCUCCAGACCGGUGUCCGGGGUGAUUCCGUCCAAAUUUGAGACGGCACUCCGAGCUCAUGACUGGAGGCCCUUUGCCAGAUUAUUUCCCGAUUUUUCAUCGGAAGUGUCGGACGUGGCAGUGCUGAGGAGCUCGCGAUGAUCACACGCAACGAACCGGCUUUCUGAUAUUUUAGGACCGCUUGCAUUUUCCUCCUGUGCCAUCCAAGCCACGCUGACCUCCAUUUGUGUGGAUUUUAUUUCCCCCUGGAAACUCUCCAUGUGUGUGCCUGUGAUGGAGGCUUAUCGUUGAUAUAGGUCACGUAACGUCCACACUUUUAUUCAGUUUACCUUUGUGAGGACUUGUUUAUUCUCCUCAGCAGUGUUUUUUUCUUUUUGGAGAUAUGAAACGGAUUAAUUUCCUACAGGAGUCUGACAUAUCAAGACAAAAAUCUGUGUACUACUUCGAUGACAUCCUGCAUCCACAGUGAUUUAAAGGAGCAGCUAUCAUCGCAUGUCAACUCCACAUUGUGAGGAGUAAGAGCAAAAAAAAGCCAUCGGGAAUGUCCCUGUUGGGAUUAUUCAAAUCUGCUCCCAUCUAACUCCUCCAGCCCGCCCGCACAUUCAGCCCCUCCUGCUCUCGCCUCCCAAGGUCGCUCUAGUCUGCAAAGAGACAGGAAUAGCAGAGGGGCUGCGCACAGCUGAGCGAAAACUGAAGCCCGACUUUUAGAGGAUGUGUGCAGUCGCGGGCAGGCAGGAUGCAGAUGUUUGUCACCAUCGCGACCCCCAAAGCUGCUUAGACUGCAGAGGAGGAGCGGACUGGGAUCGUCUCUGACCCCCCCGCCCCCCCCACCCACCCAUCCUCUCCUUCACCGUAUCUCCUCUUCGUCACUGGAUCCAAAUCCUGCAAGCUGGAUUUAAGGCGUAACAGAAAGGAGGUCGCGCUGGAAACUGCCAGGAUCUAGUCCCGCCUCCACCAUGUCCUUGGCCUUCUGUGGGAGCGAGAACAACUCGGCGGCCUACAACGUGGACGGGGGCGUCCUGAACAACGGAUGUUUCCUGGACGCGCUCAACGUGGUGCCGCACGUCUUCCUCCUCUUCAUCACAUUCCCCAUCCUUUUCAUCGGCUGGGGAAGUCAGAGCUCGAAGGUCCACAUCCACCACAGCACCUGGCUGCACUUCCCCGGUCACAACCUGCGCUGGCUGCUCACCUUUGUGCUGCUCUUCAUCCUCGUCUGUGAGAUCGCCGAGGGCAUUGUCUCCGAUGGAUUCAGCCAAUCUCUCCAUCUUCACCUGUACAUGCCGGCAGGUCUUGCCUUUAUGGCUGGCAUCACCUCGAUCGUGUACUAUCACAACAUCGAGACCUCCAACUUCCCCAAACUGCUAUUAGCCCUCCUUAUCUACUGGGUUCUUGCCUUCAUCACGAAAACCAUCAAGUUCGCCAAAUACACCGAGCAUGGUAUCGGCCCCAGGCAGCUACGCUACUGCAUCACGUGCUUGCUGGUGCUGCUCUAUGGUCUCCUGCUGGCCGUGGAGGUCAAUGUGAUCCUGGGCAGGCGAUACAUGUGUUUCGCCAUCCCGACAGAGGUGAAGCCCCCCGAGGACCUUCAGGACCUGGGUGUUCGUUUUCUGCAGCCCUUUGUCAACCUGCUGUCCAAAGCCACCUACUGGUGGAUGAACACCUUCAUAACCUCUGCUCACAGGCGACCCAUUGACCUCAAAGUCAUUGGAAAGCUGCCCAUCACGAUGAGGGCCCUCACCAACUACAUGAAGCUCCGCAACGCCUUCGAAGAGCAGAAGAGACCUCCGGGCACGGCGCCGCAGGGAGCCAAGUGGAUCUGGCAGGCCUUGAGGAAAGCGUUCGGCAGACCUCUCAUCCUCAGCAUCACAUUCCGCUUCAUGGCCGACCUGCUGGGCUUCGCCGGUCCACUCUGUAUCUCCGGCAUCGUCCACCACAUCAGCAAGGACAACCGAACCAUCCAGCCACCGAUAAGGUUGCUGGGGAUCUAUUUUAUUUCCUCCAAGGAGUUUCUGGAGAAUGCAUAUGUUCUGGCCGUCUUGCUCUUUUUUGCAUUGCUCCUGCAAAGAACAUUCCUCCAGGCCUCUUACUAUGUGGCUAUUGAGACUGGCAUCAAGCUACGUGGAGCCAUACAGACCAAAAUCUACAACAAGAUCAUGCGUUUGUGUACAUCCAACAUGUCCAUGGGCGAGCUAACUGUCGCUCAGAUUUGCAACCUGGUUGCCAUAGAUACCAACCAGCUUAUGUGGUUCUUUUUUCUCUGCCCGAACUUGUGGGCCAUGCCCGUCCAGAUUAUAGUGGGAGUGAUCCUGCUCUAUUACCUCUUAGGAAUCAGUGCCUUGAUUGGAGCAACUGUCAUUGCUGUGCUAGCGCCCAUUCAGUAUUUUGUUGCCACAAAGCUGUCACAGACGCAGAAGAGCACUCUGGAAUACUCCAGCGAGCGCCUGAAGAAGACCAAUGAAUUGCUACGAGGCAUCAAAUUACUGAAGCUGUACGCAUGGGAACACAUCUUCUGUGACAGUGUGGAGGAGACCAGGGGCAAGGAGCUCACCAGCCUGCAGGCCUUUGCGCUUUACACUUCCAUAUCCAUCUUCAUGAAUGCAGCUAUUCCCAUUGCAGCUGUGUUGACGACAUUUGUUGUUCACGUGCACAUCUCUGACGACGCUGACCUGUCUCCAGCCGUGGCCUUCGCCUCGCUCUCCCUCUUUCACAUCCUGGUCACGCCUCUCUUUCUGCUCUCCAGUGUGGUGCGCUCCACAGUCAAGGCUCUUGUCAGUGUUCAAAAACUCAGCGAGUUUUUCUCAAGUGAUGAGAUUGGAGAUGAGCUGGAGCCCAGACCAACACUGACCUCGGGCUCCAACAACCAUAACCAAAAUAGGUACCAGGCUGUGCCCUUGAAAGUGGUGAACAGGAAGCGUCCCCCAAGAGACGACUGGAACAACUACAGCUCACAUGGGAACCCUGAGGGCGAUGGACCCUCUCCAGUUGUGGACCAAGACGUUUGCAUCAAGAUAUGCAGCGGUUAUUUCACAUGGACAGACGGACCACCGACACUUGCCGAUGUGGACAUCGUGGUUCCCUUCGGCAAGCUGACCAUGAUUGUGGGCCAAGUGGGUUGUGGGAAAUCCUCCCUGUUGCUUGCGGCACUGGGCGAGAUGCAACGAGCGUCAGGGACCGUCACUUGGAACAGCUUGCCGAAUCUGGAGUCAGACGGUGAUGAAAGUCCGACAGACAGAGACACAGCCGGCGAUGGUGAUAUCAGGAAGAGAUGUGCAGUGGCCUACGCAUCCCAGAAGCCUUGGCUGUUGAACGCCACUGUCGUAGAGAACAUCACGUUUGAGAUGCCAAUGAUCAAAACCAGAUACAAAGCUGUCAUUGAGGCUUGCUCUCUUCAGCCUGACAUCGACAUCCUUCCUCAGGGGGACCAGACGGAAAUCGGGGAGAGGGGCAUCAUCCUCUCCGGAGGGCAGAAGCAGCGUAUCGGUGUGGCCAGAGCAUUGUAUCAGCAGACCAAUGUUGUCUUUCUGGACGACCCAUUCUCUGCUUUAGACAUUCACUUGAGUGACCAUCUUAUGCAAGAUGGUAUCCUCAAGCUUCUGAGAGAAGAGAAGAGGACCGUGGUUCUGGUCACACACAAAUUACAGUACCUGCUGCAUGCCGACUGGAUUAUUGCCAUGAAAGAUGGCACCAUCCAGACUGAAGGUACACUGAAGGACAUCCAGAAGUCUGAACCUGAGCUCUUUGAGCAGUGGAAGACACUGAUGCACAGACAGGACCAGGAGUUUGAGACGGAGACCGUUGCAUCAAGCAUGACAGAUAUGGAGAGGAAAAACCUGCGGAGAACAAUGUACUCUAGAGAGGCUGCUAAGACCGAGGAGGAUGAGGAAGAAGAAUCCUCGGAGAGCGAUGGUGACGACGACCUGUCGCAGGUAAUGCGUCAACGAGCCACCAUACCCUGGCGCUCCUGUGGCACCUACCUGUCCUCGGCUGGGAUCCUUCUUCUCACCCUGCUCCUCCUGUCACAGCUCCUAAAACACACACUCAUGGUGUCCAUAGACUACUGGCUGGCACACUGGACGUCAAAUGUCAUCACGGCCAAGUCGGACGCCACAGCGCGCAACUGCACGCUUGUUCAGGACUGCGGCUUCAGUCACUCGUGGUAUCUGUCGGUGUUCAGCGUGUUGUGCUGCCUGGGCAUCAUUCUGUGUUUGGCCACCUCCGUGGCUGUGGAGUGGACCGGCCUUAAUGUGGCCAAGGAGCUCCACCAGAACCUCCUGAACAAGAUCACCCUGGCCCCCAUGAGGUUGUUUGAGACCACUCCACUUGGCAGCAUCCUCAACCGAUUCUCCACAGACACAAACACAAUCGACCAGCACAUCCCCACCACCCUGGAGUGUCUGUCUCGCUCCACACUGCUGUGCGUGUCGGCCCUGGGGGUCAUUUGCUACGUCACUCCCGUGUUCCUCAUCGCCCUCCUGCCACUGGCCGUCACCUGCUACUUCAUCCAGAAAUACUUUCGGGUCGCUUCCAGGGACCUGCAGCAGCUGGAGGACGGCACCCAACUGCCUUUGCUCUCCCACUUCUCUGAGACAGUGGAGGGUCUUCCCACCAUCAGGGCCCUCAGAUACGAGCCCAGGUUCAGACAGAGGUUACUGCAGUUCACAGACGCCAACAACAUCGCCUCGCUUUUCCUUACAGCGGCCAAUCGGUGGUUGGAGGUCCGUAUGGAAUAUAUCGGGGCCUGCGUGGUGUUGGUAGCAGCAGUGGCUUCCAUCACAAACUCGCUCUACGGUGAGCUGUCUACCGGACUGGUGGGGCUGGGCCUCACCUAUGCGCUCAUGGUUUCCAACUACCUGAACUGGAUGGUGCGCAACCUGGCCGACAUGGAAGUGCAGCUGGGAUCCGUCAAGAGAAUUAACGGCCUCCUCAAAACGGAACCCGAGAAUUUUGAGGGUCUGCUCAACCUGUCUCAGGUCCCUGACAGCUGGCCCCAGCGUGGCGAAAUCCAGAUUCAGAACUUGAGCGUCCGUUACGACGCCACGCUCAAACCCGUGCUCAAAAACGUCCAUGCGCACAUCAGCCCCGGACAGAAGGUGGGGAUCUGUGGCAGGACAGGCAGCGGCAAAUCAUCUUUCUCCCUGGCCUUCUUCCGCAUGGUGGACAUGUUUGAAGGGAGGAUUGUGAUCGACGACAUCGACAUUGCCAAGCUGCCCCUGCAGGCGCUGAGGUCUCGUCUGUCCAUCAUCCUGCAAGACCCGAUCCUCUUCAGCGGCACCAUUCGGUUCAACCUGGACCCGGAGAUGAAGGCCACAGAUCAGAUGCUUUGGGAAGCUUUAGAGAUUGCUCAGCUUAAGCCCGUUGUAAAAUCGCUUCCCGGCGGGUUGGAUGCCAAUGUGACAGAGGGAGGAGAAAACUUCAGCCAGGGUCAGCGUCAGCUCUUCUGCCUGGCCAGGGCCUUCGUGAGGAAGAGCAGCAUCCUCAUCAUGGAUGAAGCCACGGCGUCCAUCGACAUGGCAACGGAGAGCAUCCUGCAGAAAGUGGUCAUGACUGCCUUUGCUGACAGAACAGUGGUUACAAUAGCACAUCGCGUCCACACCAUCCUGAAUGCCGACCUGGUGAUUGUGAUGAAGCGGGGGAUCAUCCUGGAGUAUGACGAGCCCCAGGCCCUGCUGAAUAAGGAGGACAGCGUCUUCGCCUCCUUCGUGCAAGCAGACAAGUAGCGCAAGAAGAAGAAGAAGAGAACGCAUUAAAGGAAGACAUUCAAAGUGCAAUUGACCCGUGGAAUAUUUACCUUUAUUUUUUAUUCAUAUUGUAUUAUAUUUGUACAUAACAAUGUGAAAUGAUUGUUAAUAAAAUAUAUAUGAUCCCUGUAA